AGCGCCGCUAUUGAUUUCGAUCAUCCUGAUGUAUGCAGGGAUUUUCUUGUUGGAUUCUGUCUUGCGGAAGCAUUUCGAAACACAAAAAACGACCUUGGGUUCUGUCCAUUCCCUAUUCAUGACGAAGCUUUGAAGAAACGCUAUCAGGAAAGCAACCGCUUCGGUCGGCUUGGUUAUGAGGAGAAAUAUUUUGAAAGGCUCAAUCGUAUGCACAAUGAAGUUAGAAGAAAAAUUGAGAAGAACGAAGCUCGACUGGUUCACACAAGAGCUGACACUCACGUUUCGGCGGAAGUUUAUGAUAAGAAAAAGAAAGACUUGAUCGAAAAGCGGGAAAUGCUGGGCAGACGCAUUGAAGGUCUAAUGGAGGAGGCCGAGAUCGAAGGUGCACAAGGUAAUGUUGCUGCCGCGCAGACUGCCGUGCAAAAAGCAGAUGAGCUUACUAAAGAGCGCGAAGCGCUACACAAGGAGGAAGAGGUUUUGGAAGUUGAAAGGCAAAGAGCGAUUGUUAUGGAAGACCAGUUAACAGCUGGGAAUAAACAAAUGCAAGUGUGCCAGGUUUGCGGUUGUUUUAUGCUCACAAAUGAUGCCCAAAGCCGUAUCGAUGAUCACCUGAGUGGGAAGCUGCACAUCGCCUAUACAAGAAUCAAGGAGCAAAUCGACUUGAUGGUCAAAGCCAAGGAAGAAAAAAGAAUUCAAUUAGAGAAAGAAAGAGGGAAAGACAAAGAUGAUAAGACGGAGAGAAAACGUGAUGACCGCGACAGAGAUCGCGAACGGGAUAGAGAUCGUAAGGAGCGAGAAACACGAAGGGACCGUAGCCGAGAUAGAGACAGAAAGAGGUGGGUCAAAGAUGUAAGGCGUAGUUUCCACUGUAACCGCUCUCACUCAUACCCAGAAGCUUUUAGUUCCCGCCGCUCGCGAAGUCGCGAUCGUGAUGGAAGGGAUCGACGUGGCGAUGAUCGACGAGGAUCUGAUCGACGGGAUCGCCGCGAAAGAAGCCGGUCACGUGAGCGAAGGGGUCAUUGGACUGAGCACUCACAUAAAACGGAGAAGAGCUCGAUCUGGUAUUUGCACUUUAUUCCUUUUUAG